AAAACCAACAAUUCCAUCUUUUGCUCUCUUACAAAAAAAAAGGGCUUUUCUUGUUUUAUAUUAAGAAUCUGUGUUUGAAUAAGAUAUAAUGACGCAUUCAAGUAAUUCCAACUCAGCCGGAGGAACAACUACUGCCUCACCCUCUUCCAGAUCAAUUUCAAGAACUUCCGCGUCAGCGUCAGCUCCAGUUACUCCGUCAUCCGGGUUUAAUAUCCCUCAUUCUCAAACAACACCUAAGAUUUCAACAUUUACAAGUAAUGACUUUUCUGGUUCUACUUCUGCCACUACUGCCCACACUGGUUCUGCCACUGCGUCUUCGUCAAUUUCUCCACCUAUAUUGGCAACGUUUUCACCAUCACUGUUAUCUCCCCGCAAUAGUAUUAUUUCCACCAAUGCCAAUGCUGCAGCAAGAUAUCGUUCUUUAAGUACCACUGGUCAUAACUAUACUACAUCAAAUUUGCCAAGUUCAUCACCAAAGAGAAGUUCCUUUUCUGAAUUUUCCAAUGAACAAAUUAUUGAUUUGAUGGAGCGUGAACAAGAUGCUAUUGUUUUAAAGUUGAUGCGAGAAAUUGAAUUAUUAAAACAAGAAAAUAAAAUGUUAAAGAUGAAUAACCAUGGGUCAAGCAGUGUUCCAUUGCCUAUUAGUUCGCCACCAUCCGUACGCCGUUCAAGUUCUUUAUCUACAAAUGGAAGUCGUAGUUCUUCAAGUUCAAGUAAACGAACCUCAAUGUUUGGUAACUAUUCGUUUAGAGAAAACAGUACUGGACAACUUAGUCAAAUAGUUCCUGUUGCUCCUCCUGCCCAGAGUCAUUCCACCCAUUCUCCUACAACUACUCAUGACGAUAUUAUCAAGAAAUACAAGAGUGAAGCAUUUCCAAUAACUCGAAGACUUAGUUUGAAUGGGAAAUAUGAAGAGAUUAUGGAUGAAAAUAGAAAUUUGAAACGAGAAAUUAAGAGGUUGCAAAAUGAGCUUGAAAAUUUGAAAAAGUAAGUUAUUUGGAUACCUAACUUGUUUUGCUGUGAUACUUGCAUUUGUUGAAUGUCACGUAAGUGUACAGCUUACACUUUAUGACAUAUAGAACAUAAAAACCU